AUGGAGACGGAUACUCGCCCGCGCCGCCGCUACGACGACGGAAGUGUGGUUCCUCUGCCCCACGGUGCUGCACGAGAGGCGACCGACAGGACCGACGAGGCCGAGGUUGAGCGGCUCCUCGGCGCUGCGCAGCCUCCCAGCCUCUGGGCAUCGACGCACGACCGGCUCCGCGAACUUGCGCGCGAACACUGGGAUCGACAACCCGCUCCCCUGCCCCUAGAUGACCGGGAUAGCCACGACGAUGAUGAAGCCGAUGAACGGCACGGUCCCACCGCUGGCCCAUCGACUUCUUCCUCUGCAUCGUCGAGCAGAUCAAGAGCGGCAGCAGCGGCAGCGGAGGCCGAAAUCAAGGCCCAGAUCGAGCAGCGUCGCAGGCACCGCUCGCCCACCCCGGCCCCGGAGCGCGAUGCCGAGGGCAACGAGCGAAUCUGCCGCCUCUGCUUCGCCGACGAGCACGAGCUCAACGACGACGGCACCUCGAUGGGCCGCCUCAUCUCGCCCUGCCGCUGCCGCGGCAGCAUGAAGUACGUCCACGCCAGCUGCCUCUCGCAGUGGCGACACAAGUCGCGCUCCAGCGAGGCGGCGCGCGUGUGCGGCCAGUGCUCGAGCCGCUACCUCUUCCCCACGUCGCCCUGGACGCCCGUCGCCGCCUUCCUCCAGGCCAGCCAGCCCCUCAAGAUCCUCAUCUCCUUCGUCGUCGUCGCCGCCUUUGUCGUCGUCUCCGGCACCAUCGGCACCGCGGCCCUCUACGGCGUGGCCGCGUUCGAGGGGACCCGCCUCGAUCCGAUCCGCACGGCGGCCCUCGAGCUGCUGCAACCCCCCAAGCCGCCGUGGAACAUCACCCUGUCCAAGGACGCCUACGAGGCUACGGUCAAUUUCGACUCCACCUUUGACGAGGUCCAGGGCAUCUAUGGCUCGAGGAAGGAGCUCAUGAUCCGCGCGUCCCUCGACGUCAUCCAGAAGAUCAAGACCGAGCACGGCGACGAGUGGGCGGCGUACAGGCGCGCGCAGCAGGAGCACGACGCCGCACGGGGCGACGACCUGGUCCAGGCCGAGCACGCGGCGUCAUCGACGGGCGACGACGAUGAGUUCGACGAGGACGACCUGCUCAGCGUGCGCGACGAGGGCGGUCAGUACCUCGACAAAAAGAUCCGCCGCCGUGGUCACAGCGACCCGGCGGGCUCCGACGGCAAGAGCGAGGGGGGUCCGCGCACCAAAAAGUCGACGACGUCGUCGCUGGACCCCGUCGGCUUCGCCCAGGCGCUAACGGAGCGGCUCAUGCAGAUGUGGUCGGGCCACGUCGGCGACCACACCCCGACCGACGCAUCGCCACAGAGCUCCGAGGAAGGUGCCGCCAGCGACGACCAGAGCGGCGCUUCGGACGGGCCCACUGACCAGCAAGCCGGGGCCGAGGACGCAGGCGCCGCGUCGAAGCGCAAGAAGGGCGGUCCGGAGCUGUCGAUCUCGUACAACUUCAUGAGCGCCAAGACCUUUGGCGCCGACCCGACGCAGCACAUCCUGGUCCGCAGAAUGCCCGAGUGGACCGGGCCGCUGCGCUUCGUGCCCUACGCCCUCUACAUCAUCGUCAGCGAGCGGCUGCACAGCUUCGCACAAGUGCCGGCGCAUCUGUGGACGGCCAUGACGCGGUGCGCGGUGCUGCUGUCGAUCCUCGUGUGCGAGUCGAGGCGCGAGGUCGUCUGGACGCUCUCCAAGGUCGUCGUGGCCGCCACCAUCGCCUUUAUCGACGAGCACUUCCAGGCGGCGCCGCCGCUGCCGCCCAAUGCGGUGCUGCUGGGCCCGCCGCGCAGCCGGUCGCGCCGCUGGGCGUGGCGGGUGCGCGAGGCGCUGUCGUUUGCGUCGACGACCGUCUUCGGCCUCUACUGGCUCAACUGGUGGGGCGGCCUGCCGCUCUCGACCUACCUGGGACCGCGCACGUUUUCGUCGGCCGAGCGCGUCGAGCUGUCGCAGCUGGGCCCCAUCUUUGGGCCGAUUGGCACGAGCCUGGUCGACUUCGUCUUUCUGCUGCUGGGCAACGUCAGCGGGCGCGCCCACCGCUUCCGGGAGCGGCACACGCGGUGGUGGAAGCGCGCCGACUGGGUGCAGCACGACCGGAGCGCCGCCGAGGGCUACCGCCGCAUGCUCGCGGCGAUGCUGGGCGACGCCGACCAGGCGCGGACGACGCGGUACGACAUGUUCCUCGAGCGCGAGGACGCCCGCCUGCUGCCGGGCAGGGUGAGGCCGGUGCGGCUGGCCACGCUGCCGCGCGAGAGCCGGUGGGCGACCAUCAUCGCCGUCGGCUGCCUCGUGACGGUGGUGGCGGCGUUCGGUGCGGCCAUGAGCUUCGCGUGGGAGACGAGCCUGGUGCAGUUCUACCAGCAGGCGGUGCGGUCGACGACGGACCUGAUUCGGCUGCUGGGUAGCUGCGUGCUGAAGCUGCGUGCGCUGCCGUCCGUGGCGGCCGACGCGCUGCGGCGGGCGUACGAGGUGCUGCGCGGCUACUGGCCGCUGUCGACGCUGCCGUCGGCGUCGCAGCAGGACGAUGGCGGCGAGGACCAAGGUAUCGAUGCCGACAACCAUGCGCACGCGCCCGCCGAUCCGCCGACCAACGCCUUUGCUGGGCUGGGCGCUGAAGCCGGCGAGCCUGGAGGCGGUGCGGGCGGCGACGACGACGACGAGGCGUCGAUGCUGCUGAGCGCCGCGGUAGGCUGCUGCGCCAGCAUCUACGGGUGCUUCCACGGGAGCAUGCUCGUCGUGCGCUUCGUCCUGACCUACCUGCCCAUGGCGCCCUUUGCGACUUGCUAUGUGAUGCUCGAGGAGUGGAUCCACUUUGACCUGGCGCAGCAGGAGGUCCUCGAUCGCAACGAGCUGCCGCCGGGCGCGUAUCGCUAG